AUGAUACGUUUGUUAUGGAUAAUCGCGUCGGGUCUCUGUGCGGAGCCCUCUGACGAUGGAACGAGUCACAAGGGCCUGAAUAUCGACAUUAGCUACGCAAACAGCGGUCCCAUAGGUCAAGUGAAGGGGGAAUACACAGGUGCUCUGAUGGACGUCAAGCUCCCGGUACCGUUUCUCUACAUUCGUCCCAGUUUGCUGGAAAAUGUGCACCAAAUCGCUGAAGCUGCACUGGAAAACGAGACCAUCAAAGCCGGUAGAUUGUCUGCACAUGGCCACAUUCUGAUUUAG